AUGUCUGCUCCACAGCUCAUCCGGUGCUGCCUCCGGCCGACGCGGCAAUCUUUCAGCGUCUCGGCAAUCUCGCGCUCGUUCGGCACGACGCCCCUGCGCUUCAAGGUCCCGGAGGGCGCAUACCCCGGGAAAAUCGAGCAUUUCACCGGCGGUCGGCAGGAGCAGGAGGGCGCACAGAAGCCCGAGCUGGAGGUGGGAGAGAUGGAGGGCAUUAAAUUCAAAGUUGAGCCUUUGAAGAGAGUCGGAGAGGAUGCUACGACAAUGAGAGCGCGCCUACUUUACCAGAGUCGCAAGCGCGGAAUCCUCGAGUCCGACCUCCUUCUGUCAACCUUUGCCGACGUCUAUCUGGGAACUAUGACCCAUGAGCAGUUGCAGGAGUACGACCGUUUCCUGGACGAGAAUGACUGGGACAUUUACUACUGGGCCACGCAAGACCCGCCAACUGAAGUUGACCAGACCGCAGCUCCCAAGGAGGAUACUGUGACAGAGACCUGGAAGAACACCGGCGCGAAGAGUGGCGAGUGGGCACAAACUAUCGGUGCAUUCAGGGCUGCAUACAGGCCGGUACCGACGCGGUGGAAUGACUCUGAGGUGCUGCGUUUGCUGAGAGAGCAUGUUCGCGAUAAGAGCGCGACCGGCUUUGAGUCGGCAAAGAACAAGAGGACUGGCGGUGGAGGACUGGGUCGCAUGCCGAAUGUGCAGGUCUUCAACUAG